AGCUACCACACGCCUCUGACAUACACCAAACAAGCACAGCGUCACCAGAAAGACCAGCUCUGCAUAUAAACUUUAGGGAUGCAUUAUGGAUCACCACCAAACACCUGAAGGAGAUAAGAGCUGUUACCGCCACCUGUCUCACCUGCCGCUACCUGUGAAUCAUACACGGCCGAUGCUAAACACUGCACAAGCUCUUUAAUUACGAAGGAGCACUGGAGGACACUUACGUAUAAAUCACAUCAAUGAGAGUCUUGUAAACCCCGCCAGACACACGCGACUCACGCCAACACAGGUGUCCGUGCCUGGCUGCUCUGGACUUCAUUCUACGCACGAGUCGGAGACGCUGCGAGGACAAGCCACGCCCCGUCUCCCGAGUCCAUUCUUCGUGCACCCACAGACACACGCACGGACUCAACUCUCGCCAUCUGUCGGUGAGAAUCAUGAACGAGAAGACCAUGAUAAAAAUUGCUGCAGAACAGUGGCUGCCGUACACCUACGUCACCAAGGAGCCCGGGGGGAACCUGAGCGCGGGAGGACCAAUAGGAAAACUUCUUGAUAUAUUCGCCCAGUACCUAAAGUUCGAGUACGAGCUGGUGCGGCCCCCGGACUCGUACUGGGGCAUCAAAUUCCCUAAUGGCUCCUGGAAUGGCAUGGUGGGAAUGGUGCACCGUAACGAAGUGGAGAUGGCGCUGGGGCCCUUCGCGGUGACGGCGCAGCGGGAGGAGGACAUUGACUUCUCGAUGGCAGUGCUGACGGAUAACCAGGCCAUCAUCACUAUCAGACCCACGCUGCAGCAGGACGUGGCAGGUUUUCUCCGGCCCUUCGACUACAAGGUGUGGCUGCUGGUGCUGCUCAGCAUGGUGGGUAUGGCGUGCGGAAUGGUCGGCGUGGUGGAGGGCGAGGGGAAGGUCUUCUUUGAAAACCCUAAGAACAUCGUGUCUAAGACGUGUCUUUGGAUUUUGACCACGUUAACACAGGAAAGUUCCGAGUGGCUGCCGCCCCAUGACGCAGGUCGCGUGCUGGUCACCACCUGGAUGCUGGCGUCCCUGGUGUUCAUGUCCUCCUACGGUGGCAUCCUUACCGCCAUGCUCACCGUGCCGCGGGUCACCAUCCCCAUUGACUCCCUCGCAGACCUGGUGGCGCAAGACGACCUGCCCUGGAGGCUGGAGUCAGGGGCAACGAUGCUUACGCUGCUGCAGGAAUCCGAGGACGAGGUGCGGCAGAAGGCUUACCAUGGCAUGUCCGGCACCAUUCCUGACUGCUGGUCGGCGCGCCACGGCCUCAUCAAAGGGGAGUUUGCUGCCGUGUGUGACAUGAUGACAAUGAAGAAGACGAUCUCGUGGGACUUCAGCACCUCAGGCGAGUGUCACCUCUACAUCGCCAAUGAAAAGGUUUACUCCAACCUCAUGGUGUCCCUCGCCUUCCGUGUGGACUCCUUCCUCCUGGAGGGCGCCAAUGAAAUCAUCUCCAGGCUUCUCGAGGCGGGGAUCCUCAACCACUGGCUGAGCUCCGAGACUUCCAACACCACACAGUGCCUCAAGCCGCCCAGCGCUGACCGAAGCCAGGGCGUGGAGCCCCUGCCGCUCAGCUCCAUGUUGGGCACCAUUCUCCUCAUGGCGGGCGGUUGGUCACUGGCUCUUCUGAUCUUCAUUGGAGAGAACAUAAUGGUGGCCACCAUGACUCCAUCUCCACAUUCUGCGCUACGGUAACCGCCACCACCAUCACCACCACCACCAGGAUGACGUGACGCUCCACCACGAACAGGGCAACGUGUCACUCAGAUGUACCGGCGCUGGCUUGCAAUCUGUCAUAUCAAUAAACAAUGAAACCGAGGCAUCAUCACAAAGACCUUCAGUGAUCCCUGUUUGGUCUGUGAUUUGGUGAAUUGGUCGUUCCCUGUCAGGAAUUUGUGAGUAUUGACUGGAAUACGCAGUACAGUUCUGGUCACGAAACUACUAAAGACCAAAUUUAAUGGAAAGAAUAUAAAUCCCAGUCACAAAACAAGUGCCUACAGUGUGUGAUUUGUUGUAGAAAAAAGACUUAAGUUUUUAGACAUAUUCUCUCUCCAUGAACGAAGAUACUGGUCAAGGCUACGUCUCUGGUCUCCCAGUCUCCCAGUCUCCCAGGUCUAGCAAGGUUACAUUACGGAGCAUAUAUUUCAUUUCCACCUGUUAUGUCAUUGCUAUCAUGGCUGGCAGGUAUUAUAAUCAAUAACUCAAUCACUACAUAACAAAUGAUCAAAUUAAACAGGCAAUCAAACAAUAGCUAAUCGUACGGUCAAGGAGUUUCUAAUCAAUAAUCUCAUUUUAGUGUAUAUCAAGUAUCAUUGUUGAAGUGAGAGCAAAUUAAUAAGUAAAUUACCAAACAAUCACCGGAAUAAUUGACACAUAAGUAAAUAACCACAUAAGAACUAUUAGAAUUAUUUCAGUUUUCAAAUUCUCUGUUGCUCAAGUAGAAUUAAAUAAACAGUAAAUAAAUGAAGCAAUGAAAUAUCAAGCCAAAACUGACAAAGUAGCCCAUGAGAACCGGUUACACGGACCAUAACUUUGCAGUGAAUGAUGUUAACUGAAGUAAAAAAAGCAGAAAUGUGAGCAGAUUGAUGAACAGAAUGAAUAAAAACUCGUAGUUCAUGCAUAAUCUAAAUAUCUAACACAAACCCAUGCGGAAAACAUCAUAAGUCGUCACACUCACGAUAACUAGCUAGACAGUCAAGAACUUCACAAGGAGUGCUGUCAACUUCCUUCGACUCAGAUGAAAAAAAAAAAAAAGCAGGAUUGUACACAGAUUAAUGAGCAAGAUGAAUAAAAACCCGCAGCUCAUGCAUCAUCUACACUUCCCAUCUCGCGCCUCGACAUGCUGAGCGACAGUACACGCCUCGCAGCAACACGCAACACCUGGAAAUAAGACGUGGAGGCAAUAAUGUAUUCUUCUGCA